CAGGUCUGCCGCCAUCAUUGUUAGUGGCAGUGAAGUCUUUGUGGAGGGUGCGGAGGCGCAGCAGCGGAGCUUCGUGAGGCAUCAGUCCGGGCCUCAGUGAGUGUCAUCCGGGCAGCAGCCAUGGUUCAGACGUGCUCAGCGUACGGUUGUAAAAACCGCUACCAUAAAGAUAAAGCCAUUUCCUUUCACAAGUUUCCUCUGGCACGCCCAGAUGUUUGCGGCAAAUGGGUGGCGGCAAUGAGGAGGAACAACUUCAAGCCGACAAAGUACAGCAACAUCUGCUCGCAGCACUUCACCAAAGACUGCUUCAAGAGAGAGUGCAACAACAGAGUGCUGAAGGAGAACGCUGUGCCAUCACUCUUCACCUUUAAUCUCAACAUCAAGUCAGAGUCCCUUGAGGAUCACUUCCCCUCUGAGAUCCACUUUCCUCUCUCCCUGCCUCUGACCUCUGACCCAGCAGAAGAACAGGAGGAAGAGGAGGAGGAGGAGGAACCCAGGAGGAACCUGCUUGACACCCAGUGCGACACAGUGGCGGUCUCUUGUGACCAUAACUACACAGCAGAGGACUCUGCUCGGCAGAAGAAGCGCAUUGCGCAGCUGUUGGAGCAGUUGGGAAGUCUGAAGAAGAGGCUGAAGACGGCGCAGCAGAAGUGCCGGCGGCAGGAGAGACAACUUAAGAGGCUGAAGGCGGCAUGUGAAACACCAAGGACCUGCCGCAAGGCGCCAGCAGCGUGUGGAGAGGGAUACGUGAUUGUACCAAAACACAUUUACAACCAGUGCUGGGGAAACUACUUUGAAAGCAUCGCUUUGCAAGCUACCAAUUGUUUCACAGUGGAAGAAGUUGAACUACAGCAAAGCUACCCUCGGGAGAAAUCUAGUUUGGUUAACUAGAACUACUUAGAAAAAGUUGGAACUACUUAGUAAAAAAUGAUCAAAUUGACAAUGUACAUGUGAAACGAUAAAACAAAGAAGACAAGUGCAAGCAAAGAAUGGCACUCAAUUAAGUUUAUUGCAAAAAGUGUCCACGUUUUCAGCAAUCAUGCAUAAACCAAAAACAAUAAAAUACCCCAAUAUUCAUGGGAAAGUGC